GGCAGGCACGGUACCCCCGGGGCUGACGGAGGACCAGCUUUGGCGGGCGAAGUACAUCUACGACUCGGCUUUCCACCCUGACACGGGCGAGAAGAUGCUCCUGGUGGGACGCAUGUCUGCCCAGGUCCCCAUGAACAUGACCAUCACUGGUUGCAUGUUGACCUUCUACAGGACCACGCCGGCCGUGCUGUUCUGGCAGUGGGUCAACCAGUCCUUCAACGCCAUUGUCAACUACACCAACCGCAGUGGGGAUGCACCCAUCACCCCCAGCCAGCUGGGGACAGCCUACGUGAGCGCAACCACAGGAGCAGUUGUCACAGCGCUGGGUCUCAAAUCCCUCACCAAGCACUUGCCAGCCAUCAUCGGCCGGUACGUGCCUUUCGCAGCCGUGGCUGCUGCCAACUGCAUCAACAUCCCGCUGAUGAGGCAGAGAGAGCUCAAGCUGGGGAUCCCCGUCACGGAUGAGAAUGGGAACCGCCUGGGUGAGUCCACGGCCGCAGCCCAGAAGGCCAUUUUCCAAGUGGUGGUGUCCCGCAUCGNNNCCUCUGCCCCAGCCAUCCCCCCGGUGAUUAUGAACGCACUGGAGAAGAGAGCUUUCCUGAAGCGGUACCCGUACCUGAACGCUCCCCUGCAGGUCGGCCUGGUGGGACUCUGCUUGGUGUUCGCGACCCCACUGUGCUGCGCGCUUUUCCCGCAGAAAAGCUCAAUGCCCGUGAGCCGCCUGGAGCCUGAAGUCCGAGCUCGGAUCCGGGAGAAAGACCCACACCUGGAGACUGUCUACUUCAACAAAGGGCUCUGA